AUGGAUACCUCAAAUCUAUCAAGAAAAAUGUUUUUGAAUAAAGGGAUGAUUUUAAUUACAUGUGAUGAAAAAUCUCCAAAAACAUAUAGAGAACAUACAAACGUUAAGAUUUAUGGUUAUUUUAAUGGCGAAAAAUUGAUGUUAAUGAGAAUUUAUCUUUCAUUUGAUUAUGAUAUUUACACACUUCUUAAAUGCGAAAUCGAUGAAGAUAGAUUUAAUGAACUUAAAGAAAAAAUCGGAUGGUCAAUUCCGUUUGAAGAAUCUCCAAAGGAAUUUGCAGAGUUUUUCAGCCCUGAAACAGACCAAAACUCAUCAAUCGAUAUACUUUAUACGAUUACUCCAUUUUUUGGAAAAAUGACUUUUCACGAAAUUACUUCAUCACAAAGAAUUUUUCUCUUCGACUUAACAUUUAAUGAUUGUGAUCGCGCGGAAUCAUUUGAUAACGCUCAGACAAGAUAUGAUGACGUCAGAAACGAUCUACACAACAUUGAGAAACAAAAAAAAAUCAUUUACAAGUACCUCCAUGAUAAGAACCCUAAAUUACUUGACUGUAUGAAGCAGAACGUAUUUUCGAAAAUUGAUAUCUAA